AUGUCUAACUCUUUACCGGCUUCUACCUCGGACACUUCGUCGCACCCUGUCUCUAUUUCUGACCUGCAAGACAUUACUAGCUCGGUUCCUAUCAUGACUCCUCCCUCUUCCAGAAAGAGCACCUCAACCCCUUCUGACCCCAUUGAUAAAUAUAUUUCUGCGAAAUUCAAGAAGAGAACUUCAAGUAUUGUCGAAUGGUUGAACAAGACUACCUCCAAGUUGGGUGGAAAGUACGUGUUGGUAGUGGUUGCCCCUGAUGACGGCACAGACAUUUAUUUCAAUUCUCCUAUGGCCAAGUUCGUUGACAAUUUUCUUCUUGAAAAGGAUAUUGUUGAGUAUCUUUCAAAAGGUAGUGAUGGUGAUAUUGAUCCAGAUCGUCCUAGAGUUCCUUCUAUUGCCACAUCAACGAAGCCUAACACGUCGACCAAGUGUAAAGCCAAGCUUGAUCUUUGUAACCAUGAUCGGGUUAUCAGUUUUCUAACUCAGGGUCUUGUUAUUAUUCAACAGGCAACGUGUAAAGCUCUUGCAAAGAGUUGGAUCCGGGAGAUCGAGCCCAAGAAGCAAACCAACUAUCCGUAUAAGCUUGGUGACAUGUCUAAACCGGAUUGGUGGCCUUAUGGAGUGCGUCAUAAGGAGCCUGACCACUUGAACAAAGACGAGAGGGUACAGCUCUUAGUAGGACUACUCACGCACGAGGAUAUCUCUAUUCGCCGUAUUCGUGAAGCCGCUAUGCCUUCUAUCCGUGACACUGAUCCUGACAAGUUGGCCCUCUUGGAGGAGCUUUAUAUUGUUGCGGACUCGGAAAAGCAAUUCCUUAACGGCAAUCUUGAUGAAAGUGACCAAAUUGUUGAGGUUACAGAUCUGAACUAUUGGGAUAGACAGACUAAAAUCGCCAUUCCCAGCAGUAAUCCUACGACGACCGUUAAGAAGGAGAAAGAAAGCGGUAGUCAACUGAAAAGUUCAUCUGGCUUGGGUCAGGGUCGUCUUGUCAACAUUGCUCCGAAGAGCACUUCCCGUGCUGUUAUAAGUAGCCCCAGUAUUGCCCAUCUUAAAUUUGACGCUCAUCAACAUUUUGCUGCCGUGACUAGUGACUCCAAUACCAGCAUAAGUUCGCCAAGAGGACACUCCAACGGUGCCAACAACUCCUCUUCUCUUCGAAUCGCAUCUUUGUCUUCCACGCCUUCUAGCUCUUUAUCUACCACCACUUGUUCUUCGUCUUCUUCUGUUGGUUCAAACUCUACAUCGUCUUCCGGUUCUUCUUUAUCGACGUCGGCGUCUUCAGUAUCGAACUCUUCAUUUUCAGCAAACUCUGGGUUGUCGUCAUCCUUCUGUUCCAAUCCCAUACAAUCACCAAACUCUAGUAACAGUAAUCUCUCCUAUACCUCUAAAGGUACUCCGUUGACUGCUGCUCAUUACCUUUCGCAAUUUGACACUUGGCCCGGUGCCACCCCAUUGUCCAUCCCAGUUGCAGGAAUCACGAACCGAAUGAUGUUCUUAGAGCAUGCGUCAAUCCCAUCCUCGUCUCCAUUUCACGAUGUCAAUAUCAGCCAUGGCUUUUACAUGGCCAACCGGACUCCUCAUAAACCGAUUAGAACCUUUGCCAACCAGGAGCUGGACGAGACCCCAUCGAGAACCACCUCGGGCCAGAAGUUUGACGACAUUGGAACAUCGUCAUCAUCAAUUGAACACACGCCCAAUCCAUUCAACCAGUUGCCAUUACAGCAGUUACCACUUCCUUUUCCUCUUCCGUUACAGAUUCAAUCGGAGAACUUGAACGUACUUGGCAAACGACCCAUGGCUGACAGAUUCAUCUAUCUUGAUGAUGACAACACCCAUGAUGAAAAUAGGUUCAACAAGAAGUUUGACAACGGCAAUACAAAGGUAUUUUAUCAAGAGGAGACGGUGUUAAAGUUUGAGAGCUGA